AUGACGACACCGAACAUCGAGCGGCCGGAGCCUACAUACGAUAUGGAUAGUAACCUAUACCCUCACCAGCGAUCUUCCGAUGAGGACGGCACAGUUGUGGGGGACGAACAUCAGCAUCCAUUGCGCGUGGACACUGGGGCACGGCCAACACACAUGAGAUCGCGAUCUGGCACCCAUCUUACCGUCGAAACCGCACACGACAUCCCAGCCAUGAAGGGCGUACAAUCGCCUUCGCAGACACGUGAGCAGGCGAGCAGGCUCAACGACGACCUUGCCGUGCUGGCUAUCGAGCAAGGCCUGGACGAAAAGGAGGCUCUGAGGCGUAAUGCGUCAAUGAACCCAUCUCUAUCACGCGUACGAUCCCGUAGGGAGGACCUCGUAGACGACUUCGACGCGGCGACAAACCCAUUGCACGAGCAGGCGGCUCGCUAUACGCCACCUGAGAACCCGACCACGAGCUUCUCCAAGUUCUUCAAGAAGAUUCACAAUUCAUCGUGGCUUGUGAGGUACUUUACGUACAUUACUCCCAUGGUUCUUCUGAUCCUCAUUCCAAUAUUGGUCGCGAUAUUUGCCUUUCCCAAUGCUAGUGUUGGGGGUGUUGAGCUUCUUUGGUUUUCCAUCUGGCUAAUGAUCAUAUGGCUAACGCUUUGGGCUGGACGAGUACUUGCUAAACUCCUUCCAUGGCCUAUCGGUCUCGUCUCUAGUCUUUUCACCAACAACAGCAAGAAAUGGAGAGACAUGGGCAAGCAGCUCGAACUUCCAGCUACCUUGUUUUUCUGGUGGUUGGCCAUCGAAGUAUCUUUCCUACCGACGAUGACGAACCAUCACGUCAAUGGUAACAAGAACACUAAAAGCUGGGAAAAGACUAUGAACAAGGUUCUCGUCUCUCUGUUCGUUGGUUUCGUCCUCAACUUUAUCGAGAAGAUCAUCAUCCAGCUCAUCGCCAUCAGCUUCCAUCUCCGAACUUACCAAGAUAGGAUCGAGCUGAACAAGUUCCAGAUUGGAAGUUUGGCCAAGCUGUACCGGUUCUCCAAAGAGAAGAUCGCCAUGGAAGAUUCAGAGUUUGAACAAAACGAAGACCACGCUCCGUCUGGCGCUCGCACUCCCGGUCAGAUCCUCACAGAGGCACAAAAGAACAUUAAAGUCGGUUUCAACAAGUUUGGAGAUGUUGCCGGAAAGGUUGCUGGGGAUUUCACGGGUCGCACGGUGACCGGCAGCGGCCAUCCUCACCAGGUUGUUCUGCAACUUAUUGGUACAACCAGUGGUGCCCAGGUCCUAGCCCGCCGACUCUACCGAACUUUUGCGCGACCUGAGACAGAGACUGUCCAUGCCGAGGAUCUCAACAAUGCUUUCGACAGCGACGACGAAGCCACUGCUGCAUUCUCCAUGUUCGACAAGGACAUGAACGGCGACAUUUCCAUGGAAGAACUCGAGGCUGUCUGUGUCGAAAUUGGUCGUGAACGCAAGUCCAUCACCGCAUCCCUGAAAGAUCUUGAUAGCGUCGUCUCCAAGCUCGACGAUGUCUUCAUGUUCAUUGUGCUCAUCAUCACAAUCAUCGUGUUCAUCUCGCUCAUCUCGACGUCCGCCGCUGGUGUGCUUACGUCCGCUGGUUCGACCCUUCUCGCUCUGUCGUGGCUCUUCUCCGCAACCGCUCAGGAGUUCCUCCAGUCUUGCAUCUUCGUCUUCGUCAAGCACCCCUACGAUGUCGGUGACCGUGUCACAGUCUACGGUAACACGGGAGAUCUAGGCCGCGGCGACGACUACUUCGUCAAGGAGAUUGCCCUCUUCUACACGGAAUUCAAGAAGAUGCAAGGCCACAUUGUCCAAGCGCCCAACAGCUACCUCAACACGCUCUUCAUCCUCAACCAUCGUCGAUCGGGAGCCCUCGCCGAAGCCGUCCCCAUCAUCAUCAAGUUCGGCACAACGCUCCAGCAAAUCGAACAACUCCGCAACGUCCUCCUCGAAUUCGUCACCGAGGAGAAGCGCGAAUACCAAACCAACAUCCUCACCGAACUCCGCGCCGUCCAGGAAGUCCACUGGCUCGAGCUCAACGUCGUCUUCUUCUACAAAUCCAACUGGCAAAACGAACUCCUCCGUCUCCAGCGCCGCAACAAAUUCAUCUGCGCCCUCACCAUGGCCAUCCAGGAAUGCGGCAUCGAGGGCCCGCGCAUGCGCUACCCAGGCCAAAAGGAGAGCUUCCCCGUUUACCUCCAGAACCUGCAGAACCCGGCUACACCUGGUGUUGGUAUCAACGGCACGCCCGACCAGCCCAACGGCAACAUCCGCAACGAACCCCAAGACCAACCUUUUGUCGCGCCUGCAGAAGGCGUUGCAUCACCUGGCGGUACGACGGCUGGACCCGCAACCGGGCGCACGCGCUCAGGUUCCAUCCUGCGCAAGCCGGGCGUAGCAGAAACGCUAUCGGCCAUGAACAAGCGCGUCGACUUCUCGCUGGGAAUGAAGAGCAUGGGCCUCGACGACCCAUCGGGCGACGUGCUCGACGACCGCGAAGCCGAAUCGCGCGCCCGCGCCACUGUCGUCCGCGUCACAUCUCCCUCACGCAGCCAAGACCGCGACCGCGUGCGCGCCUCCGAAGACACGAGCGCCUCUGCGCGCUCCACGGGUCUCCAGCGCGUCGGCACAAACGCCUCGUCCGUCCUCAAGGAACGCACGCACCGGAAUCGCUUCUUCAGCCGCUCCCGCCACAGCCAUGGUGGCGCAGACGAGGAGGCCGCCAUGGCCGAUAUCCCAGAAGCAAACAGCGACUACGAUACCCCUCCCAAACGCAAGAAUACGCUGGAUCCUAGGACCGGUGUGAUUAGCCCCAGGGCCGUGCAUAGUCGAGCAACGACGGAAGAGGAGAUUCCAAUGCGCAAUGCUAGUGCGGAUAUGCCAAGGAGUACGGGUGCGCUGCCUAGUACGGCGGAUAGUGAGAGGACGUUUGGUCAUCCGCAACGAUCGCGGACUGAUGGGAUUGAGAUGAGGAGGUUUCACUAG